CCCUGCCCUAUGGCUUCCCCGGCGGCGGCGGGGCCCGGCGCCGCGCUGCCCCCGGGCGCGGCCCGGCGCGAUUUCUACUGGCUGCGUUCCUUCAUCGCCGGAGGUGUUGCAGGAUGUUGUGCCAAAACAACUACUGCACCGCUGGAUCGAGUAAAGAUUUUGCUGCAAGCUCAUAACCACCAUUACAAACAUCUAGGAGUGUUUUCUACAUUGUGUGCUGUCCCCAAAAAGGAAGGUUACCUUGGGCUGUAUAAAGGAAAUGGGGCAAUGAUGAUUAGAAUCUUUCCAUAUGGCGCAAUUCAGUUUAUGGCAUUUGACCAAUAUAAAAAGGUAAUAAAGAAGCAACUUGGGAUUUCAGGGCACGUGCAUCGAUUAAUGGCUGGAUCCAUGGCAGGUAUUACAGCAGUGAUUUGUACUUACCCUCUUGAUAUGGUUAGAGUUCGUCUGGCGUUCCAAGUAAAAGGGGAACACAAGUACAUGGGAAUUAUCCAUGCAUUCAAGAUGAUUUACACAAAGGAAGGUGGUUUUAGUGGGUUCUACAGAGGGCUGAUGCCAACUGUUGUAGGAAUGGCGCCAUAUGCGGGUUUUUCAUUUUUUACCUUUGGUACCUUAAAGAGCAUUGGACUUGCUCAAGCACCUAACUUGCUUGGACGGCCUUCAUUAGAUAAUCCCGAUGUCUUAGUUUUGAAAACACAUGUAAAUCUGCUGUGUGGUGGCAUAGCUGGAGCAAUAGCUCAGACGAUAUCAUAUCCCCUUGAUGUAACUCGUAGGCGAAUGCAGUUAGGAGCGGUUCUCCCAGACUCUGAAAAGUGCCUUACAAUGGUGCAGACACUGAAAUAUGUAUACCAACAACAUGGAAUACGAAGAGGAUUAUACCGUGGUUUAUCUCUAAAUUAUAUUCGUUGUAUUCCUUCCCAGGCUGUGGCUUUUACCACAUACGAACUUAUGAAACAAUUCUUGCACCUCAACUAAUUUUUUUUUUUUAGAAGACUUUCCUGUAAAACUACACUAUCAGUCCUCAAAUUCUAUUGGUGAGUAAAUUACUUGAAGUUUAAAAAAAAGCUAUCUGUUACUGUGGAACUGCUGCUGUCUGACAUUUUUAUUUGCCAAAACGUGGUUUAUUUCCUGGAGUCAAACCAGGAGACAGAUCAAAAUAAACAUUAGUUAGCUAUAAACAUUUUUUUUGCACUUGAGCUUCUAGGCUUCAUUAGAUUAAUGUUAAGAAUUACACAGUUUUAAAAUUACACCCACAUUUUAUACGGGUUUCAAGCUGUUAGUUAUUUAGCUUUAUCACCAUUCCAGGAGUUACACGCAUGGUUAUACUGCUUUUUAAGCUAGUAGUUAGACAUCUGUUCUUCUUUACAAAUUAAAUUGAAUAAACUGAUUUGAACAAAAUGCAAUGAUUUUCAUAUUCAAAUACUUGCCAGCUCUGUAGAAGCUGAACUCAUCAGACUACAGCUUAAGCAUCUUUUCAUUCUUUUUUUGCAUAAGUUUUCUGUAUGCAAGAACAAUGCGUAUAUCUUCAGAUUGGUACAUAUGAAAGUCUCUUCAACCACUUCAAUAAAAAAUGACAGGAUAUAUUUAAUAUUAUUAGAAAUCUUGCAAUUUGGAAACCAGUUUCUUGGCAUACAUUCUAUUCUAAAAAAAGCUGUCAUCUACACAAAUAAAACCAGGGGGAACUUUUACAGUGAGAAGUGCUAGAAAAGAUCUCCUUAAGGCAGUUAGCAUGGGCCAAUUCUUACAAGGCAUUUCUGUACCUUUUCUGUGGAGCUGAAUGUUCUCGAUUCAGUUUAUUGAAGGCUGAGUAUUUUAUGUACUUUCCAGUACUAGCUUGUGUAAAAAAGUUUGUCCCUACCUUAAAACAUGGUGACAAACGACUGCAUGCUGCUGCAUUUACUUAUUUAGGCAUAUGGACCAUAUUCAACCUCUCGCGCAAGAAAAGAAAAUGAAGAUUGUAUUGGAGUCUGUAGAUGUAUAUAUGUACUGUUUCUAAAGUAUGGUAUGCAAUAGGCUAUUACAUGUUUUCUUCCUCCUGCAAUUCCUUUUGUAGAGGGAAUUAUUUUCCAGACUUGUUUAUACAUGAUUUGCAUUGGUACUCUUGAUUUUACUCACUUGAUUCAGGAAACUGUAAAGCAUUUACUUUACAUGAUGUAAGUUAUUUAUUUAAUGUAAAUAUUUUAGCAGUGUCUUUUAGAGAAUUGGUAAUGGUUAUGUUAAGUGAUGGAUGAUAAGAUCCAUUUGCUUAAUUUUGACAAAGUUGACAAACUGGAUUUUGAGUUAUGUAUUCAGUACCAACUUU